UUUUAAAAUUAUAAUGAAAGCAAGUAUCCAUAAAGAUAGAAUUUCGGAAGAAGAAUUGGAGAUCCAAAGAAAAAGAGCUCAACUUCAAGAGGUAGAUCAUAAAUCUUUUUAUCAUACUUCCUCAAUUGCCAAGAAAAGAAACAAAGAACAAAUAGAGCAACUUAGAAAAGAGAAUAAGGAGUUAAAGGAGCAACUCCAUGCUAGAGCAGUUACUUCAGGAGGAGAUUCAACAGAUCCUAAGGCUACAGAUAGACUUGUAGCUAAAACAGAGAAAGAGUUGGCUCUCUGGAGAAGAAAAUGGGACAUAUCUAAGGAUAAAUCUAAAUAAAAAGAAGAGUGAACUUCUUUCACUUCAAGAUAAAUUACAAGAAAUUCAGGGUUCUAGUAGUGACCAAGCUGCUGCUCGGUACUCUACAAAUAACAAUUCUGAUGAUAAUCCUCAAAUGAGGAUCAUUAGGAUGCUAGAAAAUAAGCUAGAUAAAGCAAUGAUCAAGUAUAAUGAAGCUCAAAGUAUAAGAAAAACCUACGAGAUGAUUGUUAAAAGAUUAAAAGAUGAAAGAGUUGGUUAUGACAACCAACUAGCAGCUAUUGAGCAAAGUCUCAAAGGAAAGCAAAAUGAUUUUGAAGAACUUCUCCUUCUCUCAUAUGAUGCAAAACAUGCAAAAGAAAUAGCUGAAGCUGAAUUAAGAAAAUUCAAAGCUCAACUAAUAGCUAAAAGACAGUUAAGAGAUAAAGAGAUCGCAGAGCAACAAAAGACAGUUAACCUCAAGAUUCAAAAUAAGAAUCAAGAUGAAGAGAAAAACAAGCAGACUCAUGAGCAAGAGAUCAUCAAUAAAAAGAAGCAGUAUGAAGAAGCUAGAAAGCAAAAGAUUGAUAGCCACCAAGUCGAUCAGAAUGCAGUCGACAAGAAGAAAUCUCAAAUUGAAAAGUAUGAAGAGUCUUUGCGUAAGAUAAAAGAUGCUACUGGUGCAAGUGAUAUAAAUGAAAUUAUCCAGCGCUGAGUGACCCAGAAAGAAAUGUAUCUUUCCAGACAUAACAAUUCUGAUGGCCAAAUUAAUGCUUUGGAGAACCUCCGAUCAGAAAGAGAGGACUAUGAGCAACGUAUUCUAGAGCUAGAUGAGGAAAAACUCAAUCUCAAAAAGAAACUUCAAAAGGUCAAAUAUGAAGGUGUUGAGAACAUUACAAGAAAGCAGAUCAAUGAAGUUGAGAGACAUGUAACUGAAAGUCAAGCUAGGCUAGAAAAGAACAGAGACAAACUAGAGCGCCUAGUUAAAAAGCUGAUCGAUAGUAAAGCAGGAAUUGAACAUCUCUCUGAUAAGCUUAUUGACAUAAAGCUUGAAAAUGAGGAAAAUCUCGACAUCAACCAAGAAGAUAAACUAGUUGAAUGACUCAAACAGAUAGAGAAGAAGUGCAGGAAAGUUAAAGAGGAGAUCAAAGAUGAUGAAACCUAUGAAGACAUAAUGAUGAGAAUUCAAGGACUUAGAGUUGACAAAGAUCACGAAGUUCCUCUCUAUAAGAAACUAGAAUACGAUUUCCCAAGUCUUGAGAACAUCAAAAACAAUGUAAGAGUUAGAAUUCCUGAAAAAGAAAAAGAUGACAACUUCUCAGAUCUCGAUGCAGAAGAUGAAGCUGAAGCUGAGACAAAUGAAAGAAUGAAGAUCAAGGUUGAAGCUCAGUUAAGAUAUGACAGAAUGGAGAAAAAUAAAUUGAGAAAAGCAAAGAAGAGUGGUAGAAAAUAUUAGAUUCAAUAA